CCUGACAAAACCUCCCAGAUUCCCGCAGACAGCGAUUGUUCCCAUGUUCUAAUCGUGUUUACUUUGUAAUAAUGUGUUUGGUUUUAUUAACGGGUAUUUGAGACGAUAAUGCUGGAUAGUCGCAGUUAUGCGGUUCACACGGGACAUUUGCAGGCUGUUGGGGCUUGGGAGCGAAACCUCCAGUGCUCAGCGCCAGGAGGAGAUGGAAUGUGGAGCAGGGACCUCUGAGCCCACCGAAGUCACACAGGAACAGGACAUCAGUGGAGAGGACUGUAUGACCGAGGAGGAGAAGGCCAAACACAGAGCGGCGCGACGCAGAGCCAAGAGGAAGCGUCGACGGGAACGCAAGAAGCUGGAGCAGGUGAAGAAGCCUGAGGGCACUGACCAGGAUGUGGAGGAUGAUGGUAGAUCUGAGGAGGAAGAGGAUAAAGAUGAGAGUGAUUCUGAGGUGGAGGUAGAAGAGGUAGUGAAAGAAGAGAAAGAGGAUAAAGCAGCCAUCCCUCACUCUAAGGAACCCUCUACCCCAUCGCCAGCCCCCUCAGGAACUAAAGGACCCCAGAAUACCGCUGCAAGAACAUCUGAAGAGGAACUGGAGUGGGAUGUGAGCAGUGCGUUCUUUGCUAACGCUGCUAGCCACAUCAGGCCAAAAGGCUGGACCAAACCUGGUGCCAAGUCCAAAGAGAAUAAGGAGAAUGAGGGCAGAACCAGAGAGGUGAAUGAAACAGAUGCUGUGACUAAGAGAAGUGCCUUGUUGACAGAAAAAGGGAUCAAGCUGGUCCAGGAGGGCCAGUAUUCUCAGGCAGUCGGUAUGUUUACAGAAGCCAUCAGAUACAACCCAAAGGAUUACAGGUUCUUUGGGAACCGGUCGUAUUGUUAUAGCUGUUUGGAGCAGUACCCCCAGGCCCUGUCUGAUGCUGAGCGGUCCAUCCAGCUGGCAGUUGCCUGGCCUAAAGGACACUUCCGCAAAGGCAGCGCACUCAUUGGCAUGAAGAGGUACAGUGAGGCGGAGAAAGCCAUGGAACAAGUGCUGAAGCUGGAUGAAGACUGUGAGGAGGCCGUCAUCGAUCUCUUCAACUGCAAAGUCUUACAGCUUAUGGAGCUGGGUUUUGAGGAGAUGCAGAGUGUGUUGCUGCUGGAGAGAUUCACCACUGUACAGGCUGCACUGGCUUCACCUGAGGCUUCUAGGGUGGUGAGCCAGGACUCCUCAUUGAGCCUGCCAGGGUCCUUGUGUGCGUCUCUCUGGGUGGGGAACGUGACCACUGAGAUUGCUGAGAAACACCUGUUGGACCUCUUUCAAUCCUAUGGGGAGAUAGACAGCAUACGAGUUAUCCACGAGCGGUUCUGUGCAUUUGUCAACUUCAAGAACGCCAACAUGGCAUCGCGGGCCAUGGAGAAACUCAACGGCUAUAGUAUAGAGAACACAAGGUUGGUGGUUCGCUACCCAGACCGUAACACCCAGAGGGUUCUGCCAAUCCCCCUCAAGAGUAGCCCCCCCGCAUCGCAACAGGCAGCUGCUGCUACUUGUCCCAGACGUCGUGGCCCAGUGAACGGAGAUGAGUGUUAUUUCUGGAGGACCACUGGCUGCCAUUUUGGGGACAAGUGUCGCUACAAACACAUAUCCGAACAGAGGGGCAAAGACAGGAAGCCCUGGCAGCCCUGAGCACAGUUUCCUCCCCACCUCUGGGCUUUUAUAGAAACUGGAACCCCACUACGAACACUGACUGAGCCGAAGGACUAUUAUAUUGGGCCAUGUUCUCCCCCCAAGGACAGCAGGAGAACUGUUGUUAUGGAGGACAAUGUUAAGACUAAUAAAAUGGGGGACACCAUCAUUAAUCUAAGAGCGUAUUAUGACUGAUAAUGGACCAAUUAACAGCCGCCCCCCUUGACCACAGCUCGGCGUUUAGGCUCAUCAUGGGAACCAACCUCAAAAGCUUGAAGCCUUAAAACCUUACCAGCCUUACAGCUAGCAUCAGUUAGCCUUACAGCUAGCAUCCAUUAGCCUAGCCAGCCAUGGCCUCUCCCUGAGUCUAGUUCACAGCUUAGAGGAAGAAUGGUGUCAUACAUUGUCAAGAUUCUCUAGGAGGAGGGCUCCUUUCUCUGCUUUGGUGAAGGUAACCAACUGAACAAUUUUCUAUCAUUUAUCUGAUUUGAGUCUUGAUCCUGGGAAAGUGAAAAUGGUUGCUGUUUCUCUAGUAAGGGCAAGCUGCAGACUCGGUACCUUCAGCGCUGGCUGAAUCUAUGCUAAUCUACAGCCACUACUGUCUGGGGUUUGUGGCCUGUGCUGUCCUUGUCCUCCUUCUCUCAUUUCCCAACCACAUCUCUCUUACCGUGCCAAUACCGCCAGAACGGACCAGGCCCUCCACACCAAAGGAGACCCAGAAGCCAUGCAGCAGAUUCACCCUGACGUUUCAGUUCCCCCCUAAAAGAAUGGUGCCUCCCUUCCACUCUGACUUGGUGCUUAGUAACCUUCCUCAUAAUAGUAUAAUGUUCAUUAGGCACCAAAUGGGAGAAAACAGACAGGGAGGGACUACCUGGAUUUCUCCAAAAAUAAAUGUUCCAUUUCCAAACAUUUUCCUUGGCAUGCCCUAAUGAACAUGACCCAGUGCUUGAUCUACACUGGGCUAUGGAUCUGUGCUAUUGGCCUUAGCUAUUGUGUCCAUCGCAAUGUGCUUUUGCCCAUAGUGAAGAUCUAAAGAGAGGGUGGGGAAGAGAGCAGUACCACCAAAUUCCAUAGAAGGUAACUUGUUCUUCAGUGUAUUAAUGCAUGUUUCUAUUUUUCAUUUUCCCACUGAGAAUUGACACCUACUUUUCUAUGUGUUUGUCAAGUUUUGAGUAAUUGUAGUUAUUUAGUAAGCUAGUUUUAAAACAUCUGGGAAAUAAGCCUCUUGUUUCUAGAAUGAACCAAAUAGAUUUUUCUUGCUGUUUCCAUCUACCAUCUAUUCUCUAGACCAAGCACCAUCUUUGUCCUAUGAAGGGACAGAAUCACUGAAUUUACACUGUAUUCGGAGGGUAUUCAGACCCCUUGACUUUUUCCACAUUUUGUUACGUUACAGCCUUAUUCUAAAAUUGAUUAGAUUGUUUUUUUCCCU